AUGGAUGACGAGGAUUCCCUGGACUUGGGCUGUCAGGUUCUACCAUGGAUCAGCAACCAGGCCAUCCUCAUAGGGAAGCAAACUCGUAAUAAGGUUUACGGUACUCUAGGAUGCGAGCUGUUCGUUCUAUCCCAACAGGUAGAAUCGAUCAGUGAAACAACAACCCCGCGACAAAAGCUAUUGAAGAUAUUUGAGAUUGUCAACCGAGCGUGUUCAAGGUCGCAGAACGAAGCAGAGCGAUAUCGAGCUCUGAAGAGAAUUCGUACUUAUAAGGAUUCCACAAGCAAAGUCAGAGAGACCGUCAUCAAAGAGACACAGGAAAACCUGGUAUAUUUUGUCCAACAAAGCCCAGAAUAUCACACCCUUCUACGCCUGAUUCGGGAUUGCUUCACGGUGGAUGAAACGGAGCCGUUGUAUAUGGAGGAGGGAUACCAGGAUGACGGCGAUAUUGGAUAUCCAGGACAUUUAAAUGAAACGCUUUACACGCAAUUACAGAUCUAUGUUACGUGUCAGUGCCGCACAGGUCACCUGGAAUGGACACGGCUGCGACUAGGCACCGACAGCCAAAACGGGAAUGAAGAUGUUUCAUUCGAACUCGUCUUUAAGGCCAACUAUUCUCCUCCGAUACAUUCCCAAGCGUUUGUACAGUGGAAGGAGUCGGUUGUGAUAGUUCCAAGGCGGACUGAUAUUGAGAAGCGGAAGAAAGCAGGGUUCGCCAUCUCACCCCGCGAGCCUUCAUCGCCGAACCAAAAUCGUUCUGGAGUGACACAAAGAAUGAGACGACUAGAGCUGGGAGAAUUUUGCAAAUUGAUCAACGAUCGGCUUGGGAAUCCUGUUCAAUUAUAUGUCCAGUCAAACGUACUCAAGGUUAUUGAACCCCCUAAUCCCAACCCCUGCCGCGGUAUUUGCCCUCAUGAAGGUCUUUCACUAGGGCAAUGGCUUGAGAAGAUUCCCCAUAUCUCCAAGAAGGGCAAGUCUCAUCUAGCCUAUACUAUUGCCAAGUCCGUCUGGCAAUAUUACAAUUCACCAUGGAUGAUUACACCCUGGACCCACGAGAGCAUUCAAUUAUUGAAUGAAGGAACUGGCCUGACAGAUCAGGGUAAACCACAUCCAUACCUGACGACAAAGUUGGUUCGAGCGAUUGUGAAGUCUAGGGACUCUUAUUAUGCCAGUGAUCUCAUGCACCAAUAUCCACAUAUUCUUGCACUAGGGAUCCUUCUCAUCGAAAUUGCCGUCAAGCAGCCCUUGACAUAUGAGGAGUGUCCUCACCCCUUGAGUGAAACCGCCAUCAAUGAUUACUAUACAUGGGCGUGGACAACAGCCCACAGAUGCAAUUUGAAACACACCGUACAUUCUCUGUAUGAAGAGGCUGUUAAUAACUGUCUCAAUCCCGAGCUGUUCAGUGGUUACUCAAUACAGCAGUCUAGAGAGGUAGACGAAAUCAGAGCCCGACAGAAUGCUCUCUAUGAGAAAAUUGUUGUCCCAUUGAAAAGGCUAUCCGACGCCUACCGAGAUGACUGGGAUAUACAGAGUCUUCCCACGACGAACAUAACCGAGACAAUUUCUUUCCAAGACAUCUCAGAGAAGACUACCCCUACCUCAGAUUCUCCUCUUCCGGCAAAUUUUACGAUUGCAAUAUUCUGUGCCUUGCCACUAGAAGUCGACGCAGUUAGCGUUCUUUUUGAUGGUAUUUUCCAAGACUCUACCCUGUAUCAAAACGCGCCAGGAGACUCAAACACAUACACCCUCGGUCGAAUAGGUCGCCACCUUGCCGUUCUGAUACACCUUCCGGGCAUGGGGAAGAGCGUUGCAUCCCAAGCUGCCUCAUCCGUACGAGCAACCUAUCCGAACAUCAAACUUGGCCUGGUGGUCGGAAUCUGUGGCGGCGUUCCGUAUAAAAAAGGCCGCGCAGAGAUUUUACUCGGGGAUAUAGUGGUCAGUGACGGGAUUGUCCAGCAUGACUUUGGCAGAAGAGUGCCGGGGGCAUUUCUUCGCAAGACAUCUGUUGCCGAUGAAAUUGGUCGACCUAACGUGGCGAUACGAGGUUUUCUUUCGAAAAUCAAGGCAAAGAUGGUACGGGAGCGCGUUGAUAGCAAUGUGGAGAAAUAUCUGCAAGCCAUCAAUCAGACCCUCGGCAAUGACACCGCCAGAUAUCCAGGAGUAGAGCAAGAUGAGCUCUUUCAGUCUACCUGUCGACAUAAACAUCAUGACCCCGUCGCUUGCAUCAGCUGUGCCCAUUCCAGCAAUAGCACAGUCUGUGAUGAAGUCUUUGACCUAUCGUGUCAUGAAUUGAAAUGCCCCAAGGAUAAACUUGUUCAGCGCAAGAGGCUUCAGACUGCACUUGCUCAAGGACAUGCGCCUCCUUCUACUAUUCAUCUUGGUCUUAUCGCAUCUGGGGAUACAGUCAUGAAAUCUGGACAAGAUAGAGAUCUCAUCGCUAUGCAAGAGAAUGUGAUAGCUUUUGAAAUGGAGGGUGUAGGAGUCUGGGAUAGUCUACCCUGCCUGGUGGUCAAGGGGGUGUGUGAUUAUGCUGACAGCCAUAAAAAUAAAAUAUGGCAACCGUAUGCUGCAGCAACAGGUGCUGCGUGUAUGAAAGCUUUACUAGAUGAGUGGACGUUCUGA